ACUGCUGUCCCGCAUCGCAAGGCCGUGAUUGCGAAACGGGAAAUGGUAGCCGCUCCGAAGCCACCACUUCUUCUCUGCUGGAAGUGGCCGUGGGAUCCGAACCCAAACCCCCAAUCCCCCAAUCCUUGUGGAUCCCUCGACGCUCCCUGGCUCUUCAAAUCCUUGCAGAACCUCGGCUCUUUUGCCCACAACCUCCUCCAGUCCGCCACCGCCGCCGCGUCCAGGGGCGGCACCUCCCCCUCUGCCGUCUCCGCCGCCGGCUCCCGUCGCCAGAAGACGCCGUCCCUGUCACGCGAGGAGCAGGGGGAGGCGGAACACCGAGCCCUCGCCUCGGCCCUGGCGAGCGGGAAGGAAGCGACCGUUAUCGAGUUCUACUCCCCCAAGUGCCGGCUCUGCAACUCCUUGCUUGAUCUUGUGCUCGAGUUGGAGGCAAGGAACUCCAAGUGGAUCAGUUUUGUCCUCGCCGACGCGGAGAAUGAGAGAUGGCUCCCCGAGCUCCUUCAUUACGACAUCAAAUAUGUGCCUUGUUUUGUGCUUCUGGAUAAGCAUGGAAGAGCAUUGGCAAAAACAGGCGUUCCCACGAGCCGGCUGCAUGUCAUUGCUGGCCUUUAUCAUCUUCUAAAGCUUAAACAGCCAUCAAUACACACAGAAAAGAAUUCACCUUGAUUACAAACUUCCAUCAAAUGAACAUAAGAAACUUGAGAAGUUAAACGAGCUUUUCUUUUUCUUUUAUUGGAUCAGUAAGAAGGGGUUGGCCCAAUUACAUCUUCAAAGAAGCAAUGCCCAUAACAUCCUGGCUUGCAGAGCGUUUACUGGGAAAAAUGCGAACCAGUUCUUUUCUUUCCAUAUCUUGCAGAAAGUUGGAUUUUAUUUGUUAUCUAAAGUAUGAAUUUUUAGUCAUGGUUCAAAAGUUUCUUCACACAAGCGUGCAUGCCGCGCGCCCACAGGCGCGCAGCGGGUGUUGGUGGUGGGGGGUGACUUGGUGGCUUAAAAUAAAGCAAUAUAAUUGCUACUGGCUAGCCAUCUCUUUUUGGGGAUUUUUUUAACCAUUGUUCUUGCUGUGGGGCAGCUUUGCUUUCUUUUAUAUUGCUUUCUUUGCAUAUAUGCUCAUAGGGUCUGUUUGGGAAUGCAAAUAGUAUUAAAACGGUAGCUCUACCUUCAAUUUUCCUAGGGUUUUGGUUUGUAAUAUCUAAUAUGUAUAUUAAAAUGGUAGCUCUACCUUCGUAGAGCUUUCUGUCUGCAAUGUGUGCAAAUAGUAUAACUCUUUGUCC